AAGGAAAAAGUGGGGUUGGCUUAUUGCUCUCUGCAACUGCUCCUCGGCUCUAGGGUUCGUUCUUUGACUUCAAAUUCUAAGUCUAAAACUCAAUUUUUUGCUUUGAUUUCUGUAUCAGUCUGUCUAAUCAUCCACACUGCAAAUUUCAGAUCAGAUUCACUCUGCUCUAGUCAACGUUUUAUUCCCUUCUUCUUCUUCUUCUUCUUCGAGUUCAUCUUCUGAAACGCUUCACUGAUUCGAAAUUACUCGAUUUCAGGCGUUUUCGUUGCUGGGUUUCUGUGAUUAUAUCUUAAUUUUUCUGGGUUUUGGUUUGAUUUUGAUUUUUUGGGUUUUACAUGGAGGAAGCUAAUCAAAACCAUCGCGUUGAGGAAGAGGAACAGGAAGGAAUCUCCAAUGGCUGCUCUGAAACCCAGACCCAAACUACUGCGGAUUCUUUAAAUCUUAUUAAGGCUGAGGAGAGUCUGUCGGGCCAACCGUCGGAUCACCAAACAGCGGUUUCGGGGCACGGAUUGGAUACUUCGCAUCCUUUCAGUCUUUUCCAGAUACCGUCGACGCGGGCGAAACCGGCGAAACGUCCGUCCAAGGACCGCCACACGAAGGUGGAGGGCCGCGGCCGGAGGAUUCGGAUGCCGGCUGCUUGCGCUGCCCGUAUCUUUCAGCUGACCAGAGAACUCGACCAUAAAUCCGACGGGGAGACAAUCCGGUGGCUACUCGAGCACGCAGAACCGGCAAUAAUCGAAGCGACGGGAACAGGCACCGUUCCGGCCAUCGCCGUUUCCGUUGGCGGGACGCUUAAAAUCCCGACCACAUCUCUGGCGAGGCCAAAUGCGAAAAUUCCCGAAGCACCGAGAAAAAGAAGACAAAAACACGCUUACGCCGAAUCCAACAAUGGCAACGAUCAAACUUCUGUUUCCUCGGGGCUUACGCCGAUUACUCCAAUGGCAGCUUACGGCGCCGGUAUCGUUCCAUUCUGGGCAAACGCCGGUGGCGUUACAGAGCAGUUCUUCAUGGUUCCGGGAACGUCGAGCAACCAACAGCCGCAGCUCUGGGCGGUGCCGGCGAGACCCAUAUCUAAUUUCGUGUCGUCAAUAAAUCCCAGUUUGCAAUUCGGGGGUGUAGUGCCGAUUCUAGCCAGAGGAGGUAUAACAAAUUGUUCCAGUGGAAUGGGAAGUGGUUCUUCGUCGGCUACCAUUUCUCAGAGUUCGAUUCCGGUGACGAUGAGUGCUCCGUCAACUUCGAGUGCGGCGUCUUCAAUCGGUACCACUGAAAUGUUGAGAGAUUUCUCAAUGGAAAUUCACGAGAAGAAGGAACUGGAAUUAAUGGGUCGGGCAAAGGCUGCAAAUUCUGAAGCGCCAUGUUCAAAACCUUGAAAAAUUCGUCAUCUUCUUCUUCAUCAUCUUCUUGUUUGCAGUGUUAGAAGUUAGUAAUGUAAAAAGAGUAGGAAAAAAGCAGUUCUUUGGGAAAUUAAUUGUUAGCCUUCUUCGUUGCUCUGUUUGAAUUUAUAUGAAAUUUUGUGUUAAC